AUCAUGUGACACUGAAGACUGGAGGAAUGAUGCUGAAAACACAGAAAUACAUUACACUUUAACACAGAUUCACACAGAAAACAGAUGUUUGAAAUGUUUUAAAAUAAUAUUUCAAUAUUUUGUCUGUACUUUAGUUACAGUGACCCCCUCAGUCUGCUCAGACUGAUAUCUGCUUGGGCUCUGGGGAUGUUCUGGGACGUGUUUGCUGUGUUUCAGAGAAACUGUUCUGUGUUUAACGUCUCUGAAGAGACUGAAGCAUCGCUGUGGAGACUGUGCUGAUCUCCUGAGACUCAUUAGCUGGAUCUUCACAAACACAGUGACUCAGAUCAUCUCUCACGCUGCUGGACGAUGGCUGUGGACUUCAGUGGACGCUGGAAACUCUAUCACCAGGAGAACGCAGAGGACUUUCUCCGAGCCAUCUCCGCUCCAGAGAUUUACAUUAAAAUGAUGAAUGAAGUCAAACCUCUGACCACCAUUCAGCAAAACGGAGAUGAAUUCAUCAUCUGCGUGAAAACUCCUCUGAGAAGCAUCACGAACAGCUUCAGCAUCGGCUCAGAGAGCGAGUUCAGCACGAUGGACGGACAGAAGAUCAAGGCUACAGCUCGACUCGUCGAUGGAAAGAUUGUGAUUGAAUCGGAGAAGUUCACACACGUGAGAGAGAUUGAUGGAGAGGAGAUGAUCGAGGUCUGUCGAGAUGACGUUCAUGUGUUUAUAUUCAUAUAUAUAUAUAGAUAUAACACUGCUGUGUCUGUGUGUCCAGAAGUUCUCUGCUGGAAGCGUGACUCUCAUCAGGAGAAGCAGACGUGUGUAACGACUCUAACUCAACCUCUUGAGUUACUUUACAUUAUUACAUUACUUUACAUUACUGACUAAACAUGAGAAGAAACCUUGAGACAGACCUAGACUAACAUUCAGCUUCAUUCAAUACGUGUUUGAGACACACACACAGACUCUCUCUCUCUCUCUCUCACACACACACACAUACUCUCACACACACACAAUCACACACAUACUCUCACACACACACAAUCACACACAUACUCUCACACACACACUCACACGUACACACGCGCACACACACCCUCACACGUACACGCGCACACACACACUCUCUCUCUCUCUCACACACACACACACACAUAUACAUAUAUACCAUCUCUAGUCAAUAUAAUACAUUUCCAAACAUAUAAAGUAUAACGAUGUCCAUGAAUGUUAUGGUACUCUCUCAAAGUCUUAUAACUGUGUAACGUCACUAGAUUUUGAGUUUGUAUAAUAAUGUCAUGCCUAAUAAAAUAUAUUGAAACACA